GCAACUGAGGUACCAUCUCGGUGGUUAAACCAAACGAGGCAUAAAUUCAAAUCCGAAUUUCGUGUUGGUUUGGAUUGGGAUCUGUUCCGUAUUGGCAAACCUUGCAAAAUGGCGAUACUUCCCGCAUACCCCGUGUGUUUUUUAAGGCCAAUGCAAAAUCUAUCGUUCUGUUUUGCCGCCUUUACAUCCAACUCCAACCCUGCAUUAUCUGAAUCUUUGGCGUUCUAAUCCGCACCUACCUCUUAACUUUCCUUACCUUCCUGUUUUCGGAAGCUUCCUCAGAAGUCAGAACACUUGCCCUUCUUUCGACUCGGGUCCUUCAUUUCUCUGUCUAUUUCCCUCUCUCUCUGGAGUAGAUGUGUUACGUUUCCAGCUUCAUCUGCUGCCUGAUAGUUUUUCAUUCAAAUUCUCAUGCAGAGGUUGGAUAAUCUGCUAACUUCAGCAUGUACAUCAAGCAGGUUAUAAUUGAAGGUUUUAAGAGCUACAGAGAACAGAUUGCAACUGAGCCUUUCAGUUCUAAAAUUAAUUGUGUUGUUGGUGCCAAUGGAUCUGGAAAAACGAAUUUUUUCCAUGCGAUUAGAUUUGUACUUAGUGAUCUCUUCCAGAACCUGCGUAGUGAAGAUAGGCAUGCCCUGCUUCAUGAAGGUGCAGGACAUCAAGUUUUAUCUGCAUUCGUGGAGAUUGUGUUUGACAAUUCCGACAAUCGCAUCCCGGUUGACAAGGAGGAAGUUCGCUUGCGUCGAACAAUUGGCUUGAAGAAGGAUGAGUAUUUCUUAGAUGGAAAGCACAUAACGAAAACGGAAGUUAUGAACUUAUUGGAAAGUGCUGGGUUCUCUCGCUCAAACCCUUACUAUGUUGUGCAGCAAGGAAAGAUAGCAUCAUUGACAUUGAUGAAAGACUCUGAGAGAUUGGAUUUAUUAAAGGAAAUUGGUGGCACUCGAGUUUAUGAGGAGAGACGACGUGAAAGUUUGAAAAUUAUGCAAGAAACUGGAAAUAAAAGAAAGCAAAUAAUUCAAGUUGUUCAGUACUUGGAUGAGAGAUUAAAGGAGCUGGAUGAAGAGAAAGAGGAACUGAGAAAAUAUCAGCAGCUUGACAAGCAGCGGAAAUCUCUAGAGUAUACUAUUUAUGAUAAAGAACUUCAUGAUGCCCGACAAAAACUAGCAGAGGUUGAAGAGGCACGGAACAAAGUUUCUGAAACAUCAGCAAAGAUGUAUAACAGUGUGCUGGAUGCCCAUGAAAAGUCUAAGGACUUGGAGGAGACGUUGAAAGAUCUAACAAAAGAAGUUCAAGGUUUAAUCAAAGAGAAAGAAGCAGUGGAAAAGCGACGGACUGAAACAAUAAAGAAGCACACAGAACUUGAGCUUGAUGUCAAAGACCUACAAGAAAAGAUCUCUGGAAAUAACCGGGCUAAAGAGGAUGCUAUGAGACAGCUAGGGACUCUACAGAGAGAAAUUCAGGACUCAAUGGAUGAGCUUGAAAAAAUUCGUCCCUUUUAUGAGAAUCAAGUCAUAAUGGAAAAGGAGAUAGCAAAAGGGAUAAUGGAGCGAGAAAAGCAGCUUAGCAUUCUUUAUCAAAAACAAGGCCGUGCUACCCAGUUUGCGAGUAAAGCUGCUCGUGAUAAAUGGCUUCAAAAGGAAAUUGACGAUCUUAACCGGGUGCUUUCUUCAAACUUGGCGCAGGAGGAAAAACUUCAGGAUGAAAUUCAUCGGCUUGACAGUGAGUUAAAAGAGCGGGAUGUCUACAUUGAUGCUCGCAAAACUGAAAUUGCUGCUGUAGAAUCCCUUAUCUCUCAGUCGCGUGAAGGGUUUAGUCAUUAUAAAGUUCAGAGAGACAAGUUGCAAAAUGAGCGGAAGAGCUUAUGGGGCAAAGAGAGUGAACUUUCUGCAGAAAUUGAUAAGCUGAGAACAGAAGUUGAGAAGGGAGAAAAGAGCCUUGAUCAUGCAACUCCUGGUGAUGUGAGGAGAGGGCUGAAAACAGUUAAAUAUAUCUGCAAAGAGUAUGACAUUCGUGGGGUGUUUGGUCCAAUUAUUGAGUUGCUUGAUUGUGAUGAAAGGUUUUUCACUGCGGUUGAAGUUACUGCUGGAAACAGCUUAUUUCACGUGGUGGUCGAAAAUGAUGAAAUAUCAACGAAGAUAAUUAAGCACCUUAAUUCAUUGAAAGGGGGACGAGUUACUUUUAUACCUCUGAACAGGGUGAGGGCUCCUCAUGUAUCUUAUCCACAGAGUUCUGAUGUGGUUCCGCUGUUGAAGAAAUUGAAGUUUUCUUCCAAUUAUACUCCAGCAUUUGCACAGGUUUUUGCUAGGACAGUGAUUUGCCGAGACUUGGAUGUGGCCACCAGGGUUGCUCGUAGUGAAGGUCUGGACUGCAUAACUUUGGAAGGUGAUCAAGUCAGCAAGAAAGGUGGUAUGACUGGUGGAUUUUAUGAUCACAGACGCUCAAAAUUGAAGUUUAUGAAUAUAGUUGUGCAAAAUAAAAAAUCUAUCAACGUGAAGGAAAGGGAGCUGGAAGAAGUCAGAAAUAUGCUUCAAGAGAUAGAUCAAAAGAUUACAGAACUUGUUUCUGAGCAGCAGAAGACUGAUGCCAAGCGUUCUCAUGACAAGUCAGAAUUAGAACAGCUUAAGCAGGACAUUACUAAUGCCAGUAAGCAGAAACAGUUGAUUUCUAAAGCUCUUGAAAAUAAGGAGAAGUCGCUUGCAGAUGUCCGAACUCAGAUUGAUCAGCUUAGAGCUAGUAUGGCAAUGAAACGGGCUGAAAUGGGCACAGAGCUUAUUGAUCACUUGACGCCUGAAGAAAAAGAUCUUUUAUCACGACUGAACCCUGAAAUUGCAGAUCUUAAGGAGAAGCUUAUUGCCUGCAAGACAGACCGUCUUGAGACUGAAUCGAGAAAGGCAGAGCUUGAGACUAAUCUAACGACUAACCUUAAGAGGCGGAAGCAAGAGUUGGAGGCUAUAAUAUCGUCUGCAGAAACUGAGACUUUGCUUGGCGAAGCUGAAUUGAAGAGGCAGGAGUUAAGUGAUGCUAAACUAUUGGUCGAAGAUGCCACGCAGCAGCUUAAAAGAGUUUCGGAACGCAUUGAUGAACAAACAAAGCAACUCCGGAUGAAAAAAGAUGAAAAGAAUAAGUUGAAGACUUUGGAGGAUGAGUAUGAGAGAACACUUCAGGAUGAAGCCAAAGAAUUAGAACAACUAUUAAGUAAAAGAAAUAUUCUUCUUGCUAAACAAGAAGAGUACUCAAAGAAGAUCAGGGAAUUGGGUCCAUUAUCAUCGGAUGCUUUUGAAAUGUAUAAGCGGAGGAGUAUCAAAGAAUUGCACAAGAUGCUGCACAGGUGCAAUGAACAGCUGCAACAGUUCAGUCAUGUAAACAAGAAAGCACUUGACCAAUAUGUAAAUUUUACUGAGCAACGAGAAGAACUCCAGAAAAGGCAAGCUGAACUGGAUGCAGGUGAUGAGAAAAUUAGAGAACUUAUAUCUGUUUUAGAUCAGCGGAAAGAUGAAUCGAUAGAACGUACCUUUAAAGGCGUUGCUAGGCACUUCCGAGAAGUCUUUUCUGAACUCGUGCAAGGGGGCCAUGGUCAUUUGGUUAUGAUGAAGAAAAAGGAUGGUGAUCAUGGUGAUGAUGAUCUUGAUGAGGAUGGGCCUCGUGAAGCUGACUUGGAGGGAAGGGUCGAAAAAUACAUUGGUGUGAAAGUGAAGGUUUCUUUUACCGGGCAAGGGGAGACACAGUCAAUGAAGCAAUUAUCGGGGGGCCAGAAAACUGUUGUUGCCCUGACACUUAUAUUCGCCAUUCAGCGAUGUGAUCCCGCUCCCUUUUAUCUUUUUGAUGAGAUAGAUGCGGCAUUGGAUCCUCAGUAUCGAACCGCAGUUGGAAAUAUGAUACGUCGUCUGGCAGACAUGGCAAAUACUCAAUUUAUAACAACAACAUUUCGGCAAGAGCUUGUGAAGGUUUCUGACAAGAUAUAUGGGGUGACACAUAAAAACAGAGUAAGCCGUGUCAAUGUUGUCUCCAAAGAAGACGCACUGGAUUUUAUCGAGCAUGACCAAUCUCACAAUACUGAUUAAGGUCAAUUGGUCAUAGGUGCACCAAAGUUGUAUGAAGUGUAGAAGCUAUAUAUAUUUGGAAGCUACAAAGGCUAUUUUUGCUGCUGACAUAUUCGGGACAAACAGUGGGCAGGUCGAAGCACUCCAGACUCUGAUAUAGAUUUGCUAGUUGAGCAGCAAAAGGCUGUGUAAAGCUAAAACAAAAACUACUGACUCGCGUAGGACAGACUCUUCCAGAAGUUGUAAACCAUGGAAUGGUAUUAGAAUUUGGAGAAAAAUAUUUGAAUGCUCUUGAGUUAUUAAUACUAAUGUAAUUAUUAGUUAUGGUUUUCAUA